AUGACUGAAUUGAAAACUUUCCUCUACGAAAUAUGUAUUCCAGCUAUUGUUCUUAUAUGUGCAUUAGCUGCAAUGCUUAAUAUUGCUGUAUUCCUAUCAAGAUGGCAUGUAAAGAGCCGUUCAACAUCAUUGGAAUUAACAUAUUCACUUGCUUUAUCCGAUACAUGGACAUCUGUUGUUAUUGCUUUAUCACUUUUUUGGAAUAGUUAUAAGCCAGUUGUUCUUCAAAUUCCACAUUAUACCUAUUGCUUCCCAUUAACACUAGAGGCAUUUCGAACUGGAGGUCUGUUAACGGGUAUAUUUCAUUUGGUGGCAUUGGCAUUUGCCCAUUAUCUCCAAAUAAGGCGUCCAUUUGAUCAUCAGAAGUAUUUGCCACUUAAGGCCAUUCAGAUCAUCAUAUUCUUCAUAUGGUCUAUGCCUCCACUAGGCUUGAUGGCAUACUUCAGUAGUUGGGAAGGACAAGGCUAUCGCAAUGAAUCGUGUAUGGGAAUCACUUUCUAUGAGAACUUCUAUUUUAGAGCAAAUAUUGCUUUGAUCAUCAUCAUUCUUAUUAUAACCACGUGUGUCCUUUAUUGGAAAAUGUUAUCAAAAGUCAAUGAGGUUCGAUCAAAAGCAAAUUCCGCGACAAAUGCCCGAGGACGUCGGACUGUCAUAACAGCUUGUCUGAUAUUUGGAACAUUCUUAUUUGGAUGGAUGCCAGCUAGUAUACUGUAUAUAUUAACAGCGGAAGGAAUGCCCUUACAUAGAAAAGGAUCUGUCCUCAUCCAUGUGCUGUCAAUUGUUGUUUUGUUAAAUAUAAUGGUUAAGACGUUAACAAAUCCAAUCAUCUAUGCCACUAGAAUUCCUGAAAUCCGACAUUUCGUUCUCCAAAAACUUCUAUGGAAAAUUGUACCGAUGCGGGAGGAGAAGCGAACGACUACCGAAUUGGCACCAUUACGAGGAAGACACGAACUGACUCACUCUGUUACUCAAAACAGUUGA